AAUUAUUAAAAUUCAGUUUAUUUUUUUGUCUUGUUCGAACGGUUUCGUUUCUCUAAACACGUUUGCUUGCAACUUGAAAAGAGCUUAGCUCGCAAAACAACGGAAAUUUAUUAACGUAAACAAACGAAUUCGACAACAAUUUAGCCGAAACGUUUUUCUCUAAAACAAAAUAGAAAAAAUAAAAGAAAAACAACAACUAAGAAAAGUGCCGUACGUACCGUUGUGUGCAGCAGGCGUACAUUUAGAAGUUUUUUAGUUCAGGGAAAGAUACAUUAAGUAAGUUUGUCUUUUUCAUAACGUUACGACGGUACUCGAACUAUUUUGUUCAGUCGAUAAUUGUUUGAAAAACAUACAAUUUUCAAUUUCUAAUAUAAGAAAGCAGAAAGCAACAAUUUAAAGUUUGAUUUUCAAUAAAAAAAAAUCAAAAUGGUUCAUGCAAAUAUUGGUGAUAGUCCAGCUACUCAAGUAGCACCAUCAGCUGGUUCUGAUGAUAUUCUUAUUAGUUCUACUAAGAUAUUGCCAUCUGGCAAAUAUACUUUGGUUGGCAUUGACAUCGAUACUACUGGACGUCGUUUAAUUGAUGAGAUUGUUCAAUUGGCCGCUUACACACCACAAGACCACUUUGAGCAGUACAUCAUGCCAUAUAUGAAUCUUAAUCCAGCUGCACGUCAACGUCACCAGGUUCGCGUUAUCUCCAUUGGUUUCUAUCGCAUGUUGAAGUCUAUGCAAACUUAUAAGAUAAAGUAA